CAAGGGUGACCGUUUUAAAAUUAAUGUUUGUCUAAGGAAAAAACGUAAGCAAGGGGAUUUCUGUACGCGCAAUUGUCGCCCAAUGAAAAAAUACAAAUUCAUUCGUGAACAUGUCUUCAGUAUUCAGUAAAAACUCGAUACUGACGGGAUGUGUGGAUUACUUCUGCUUGGCCUGCGAGUCCCAGCUCCGGGGUGACGAGGAUGCCAUCCAGCACAUCGGCAAACCCAUACACAAGAAGAACCUGGACGCCACCAGCUUUCUGGACAAGCAUAAGGAUGACCGUGUUAGGAAGGUCAAGAAAGGCUACUACUGCGAGUACUGCAACGUGUUCCUGCGAACUGCGGCCAAAGUAGGCCCCCAUGUGGCGGAACCCGCGCACCGCGAAAACAAGGUCGCGCGACCGUUCAGGAGAGAGGGCAACGGCGUGCUAGCGUUCGACAGCGUGUUCAUAACCGAAAACGCGUGGCACGGCCUCAUCGACGACACGUGUGCGGUCUGCGACGCGGAGUUCGACAACGCACAGAUACACAGGACCGACACCUGGCACUCUCUCAAUCUGGUGUUAAUUGAGAUUGAGAUCGGCGAUGGCAAUAAUGUGUAUAGAAAGGUUGACGAGUCCACAUUCCAAUGCCUGACGUGCAACUUGGUUUGCGCCCAAAACACAAUGGCGGAGCAUUUCGAAGACGCCGAACACAAGAAACUGUACGAACAGUGCUGUGUAUCUGCCAAAACAAAAAACAACGAGAAACAAAACGGUAUAGAAACGGCAAAAAAUGAAGCGUCGAUUAAAUCCUCGGAAGAAGAUGUAAAGGAAGAAAAAGCACAAAAGACAGCUGAAAAAGAAACAGCAAAGGAUGAUAAACCUAGCAAAUCACCUGAAAGUCCAACGAAAAAGUCAAGGAAAUCGCCUGAAAAAGAAUCUAAACAGGAAACAAAGAAAACAGAAGUAGAAAAGAAGCCCGAAGCAAAAGCACCCGAAAAGAAGGAAAUAAAGACUGCAGAAGUUGCAAAGAAGGAAGAUAAAAAACUAGGCAAAGGAGGCAAGGAUGCGCUUGGCAAAACCGAUAGAGACAUCGUCAAAGGCCUAGGAGCCGUGAACUAUAUCACCAGAGAUGUCUGCGGGAAGCAAUGGUGCAUCCUCUGCGACUGGGCCAUGGACGACAGCGCUGUCAAAAGUCACAUCGAAAGCAGACAUCACCAAACCUUACUCAAGAUGCACAAAGAAAGACAAGAUAAGAACCAAAACGGUGAACUCGAUAAUGGCGAAGACCUGAAUGAAAACAUGAGCAGAAUCUCUGAUUCCGCGAGUGAGUUUCAGAAGAACGAUAUCAAGUUGGAUUUGAUCGCUGGUGGUGCGUACUGUAGGAAAUGCUCGAAGAGUAUUGACUUCGAUUAUGACGUGAUUAAGGAUCAUAUUGAAGAGCAUAAAAACAAAGCGGCCAAAGAAGUAAAAGAGGUGAAACCAUUCCCAACUGGAAGUGAAACGAAAUCUUCAACGAACCUCUUCACGGCCCCCGUUCACAAGAACGACCCUAAACCGAAACAGGAAAAAAGAGAAUCGCGAGCAUCGUCAGUAGCUUCCAAUCGGGAAGAAGACGAAGUUGACGCAUUCGCAAAACAGCACAACUUGACACACAACACUGGCAACAGCAAUGUAUUCUGCCGCCUCUGCGUGACCAAAAUACCGGCUUCAAUGAAAAACAUGAGAGAGCACGUGAACGGAACAGGGCACAAGAGUAAAAUCGCCAGAACGACCGUCAAAUCAACAGUCAACGCGCCCACUAUGACGGCUUCGCAUGUCUUCGUGGACAGCGUGAUAACUGUUGAGAACAUGUUCUCCAAGGACAUUGUGAUAAAUGAGAAGUAUGUGGUGAAUAUACUGAGUUUUAUGAUGAUCACGAAAAACGGCGCGAAGCUGAGGUGUCAGGCUUGUGAGGUGAAUUUGGCCAUGUCGGACAUAGACAGGCAUAAGAACACGCCGAAACACGAGAGGACUAUGAACGAGGCUAUGGUCGCUUCGUCUGAGGAUUCCGAAUUCAUUAGAGAGAUCCGUGAGAACCUGUUCCACUGCGGUUACUGCAACCAGCUGGAAGCCACGUGGGCCACCAUGAACACUCACCUCAAGAGCACAGCGCACCGUGAAGCUAAGACGUCUGCGUCGUGGCGCCUGCACGAGUACGUGCCGAUGAUCGCGCAGCACAAGAUGCGCCAGCGCAUGCAACUCGACCUCUUCACCAGGAUGCUCAUGGGACAGAUGUUCGGAGACGACUCGGACGACUAAACACGUCAUACUGUUAGGG